AUGAGUAUGACGCAGGAAGAGCCCACAGCAACACCAAGGGCAAGCAUCAUGGUGCAAGCCAAGUCGGAGUGGAAUCUGGACCCGGCCACGGGCUCGAUUUCUCGAAAGCUGCGAGGAGCAGAGCUCAUCGUCAGGGCCUCUGAGCUCACAAACAACGGCAACUUUCAACUGAACAUCUUGGGAGAGUUUGAGACCACCAUCCCAAGAGCAGAGCUUCACAAGCGAUGCCAGGCAGCCUGGUGGCUCACCAGACAGAGCCUCCCUCUAGUCGGCGUCACCCUCGGCCACGAGCAGGCCUCGUUCCAGCCGAUACGCUCCCUCCAGGACGCGCGGCGCUGGGUGUCCGAGACCUGCGUCUUCGCGGACGGCCUCACCUGCGAGGAAGUCCUCCUCGCACAGGUCCGCCAGGCCUCCGACCUCACCAAGCUGACCGUCAUCCUCGCGCCCCCCUCCGGCCGCCCGGGCUGCGUGCUCAACAUCUCCCACACGCUCACCAGCCUGGACGUCUACCACAUCAUCGCCUCCUUCGUCGCCAACCUCUCCUCGCCCUCCUCCUCCCCCGACCUCGAGCGAGCCUUCUCGCCCGAGACCGCCGCCGCCCUCACGCCCCGCCUGCCCGCCUCGCUGGGCAUCCCCGUGCACCCGGCGCACCGCGCGCGCGCCAGCCUCGUGCACAACGAGCAGGUCCGCUUCUCCGCCGCCGAGGCCGCCGCCUCCCUCGCGGCGGCCCGGGCGCGCGGGGUCAGCCUGACGGCGCUGUUCUUCGCGUGCAUCGCCGUGGGCGUGGCGAAGCGCCACGCCCGCGGGGGUGAGGACGGGGCGCACCUCGUCUUCAGCGGCAACGCCCGGCGCUGGCUCGGCGCCGAGGCCGGCCCGCCCGUGGGGAUGAGCGUGCUGCCGGGCGCGCUGUGGCUCGGCAAGGCGUCCCUGCUCGCUGACGACGCGGGCUCGCCGGCCAACGUGUUCGCCGUAGCCAGAGCGAUCCAGGAGAGGCAGGGCCGAGAUCUGGCUUCGGAGCACAUUGUCGGCGUGUACGACGAGCUCGCGCCGACGGCGUUCCGGAGCAUGAUGGAGGCCUCGUCGGCGUCGUCGCACCAGCCCGUCGUUCCGCUCGUCAGCAGGCCGACGCUGACCUCCCAGGGAGAGUUCUUCCAGCAGCAGCAGCAGCAGCAGCAGCAGCAGCAGCGGGCGGAUGAGGGCAUCCCUCCGAGGGCCAGGCUGGUGCACUUCCGCACCGGAGGGCGGAACACGGAUCCGAACGUGUGCUUUGCGCUGUACAGCUUCCGGGGCGAUAUGCGGUGCAACCUGCUGUUCGAUGCCAAGUAUUUUGACCGCGAUGACGUGAUGGCGCUCAUGGAGACGGUCAUGGGGAUUUUUAGACGGGCAAUUUUUUCCGUGCAGGAUGGUGGUGGUGGUAAUGAAGGCACCCCGGCUGCAAAGAUCUAG